GUACCACGUGUCAAUCUCGUAUCCGAAUCAUGUUUUUUUUCUUCUUCUUUUUCUCCCUUCGUUCCCUCUGCUUGCCACUCGCUUUCUCCGUGGAGAGUCGCAGAGCAGUGGAGCGAUGUCAAGAUCAAGCGACUCUGCCUCUAAAUUCAGAAAAUCAGAUGGAGAACCGUCAAAUAACGGUGCUGGAAACCUUACGUCCAAGAUGAAUCAGCUUAAAAGACAAAUUCAAGCGGAAAGGGUUGUUUCGAUAAAAGAUAAAGUUGAGAAAAACAGAAGGAAACUUGAAGCCGAUGUUUCUCAGCUAAGAUUAGCAACUUCGAGAACAUUUAUGGGGCAGAAUGGAGUUUCUAAAAUGAUUUCUUUGAGAAUUGGAACUCCUCUUUGUAAGUAUGGUGGAUUUGCUCAAGGAUCGGGUGAUAAAGAUGUUAUCAAUGGUCAUGAAGUUGCACCCACUACGGGUACCAAGCUCCCGUUCGUAGAGAAGAUACCUCCGUAUACGACGUGGAUAUUUUUGGACAAGAAUCAGAGGAUGGCAGAAGACCAGUCAGUGGUUGGCAGGAGACGCAUAUACUAUGAUCAACAUGGCAGUGAAGCUCUGAUUUGUAGUGAUAGUGAAGAAGACAAUGAACCAGAGGAAGAAAAACAUGAAUUUUGCGAUGGUGAAGAUCGCAUUUUGUGGAUGGUCUCUCAGGAACAUGGAUUAGCUGAGGAAGUGCUGAAUGUUGUUAGCCAGUUUAUUGGAGUUGGCACCACAGAAAUCCAGGAGCGAUGUAGGACGCUCGAGGAGAAAUAUAGUGGUGACCAAAGUGUCAAAGAUACUAGUGAUUCAGUAACUGGGAGGGGCAUAUCUAUGGAAAAGAGCCUUAGCACUGCUUUAGAUUCUUUUGAUAACCUAUUCUGUCGCCGUUGCUUGCUAUUUGACUGCCGCCUCCAUGGCUGUUCGCAAACUUUGAUUAAUCCUAGUGAAAAGCAGUCAUAUUGGUCUGAAUAUGAAGAUGAUCGGAAACCUUGCAGCGAUCAAUGUAGUCUUCGGCUAAGAGUUGUCAAAGACUUGCCAGGAGGUUCUGUUAAUAGGACAAAAACUGCAACGUCAACAGAGGAAAAAAAGACUGCAGCAGCCUCAGAUGCUGAAGGGCCAAGUGGUGUAGACUUCAUGAUAGAUGAAGAAAGUAUCACGGAGAAAGAGAUGAGUGUUAUUUCGGAAGCUUUUUGUAACUUGGAACCUGCUUCCGGAGCUCCGAAUCUGGAUAUGUCUGCUAUGGUGAUACAUAACCAAGAAUACAUGCGAAAGCGCAAAGCACCACAGCAUACAGAUAUAGCACCAGAUGGCUCAUCACAGGCUCCUGCUGAUAUGCAGGAUUUUAGUAAGAAAAAGAAAAGAUUAUUGCAUUUGGAUGUAGUAAAUGAAGCUGCUGAAGGUGUAUUUCCUGAUCAUGGUUCCACUGCUAAAAAAGCAAGUGAUAAAAUUGAACUUAAGAUGACCAUAAAAAAGACGACCAAUGAUUCCUUUGAAACUGUUUGUUCUGGUACUGAGAAGAACGUUGGGCAUGGGGCAAAGGAUGUCUAUGGAGUGCCUAGACCAAAACAGUCAUCCUCAGUAGACAGAGCAGCGGAAGGGGUUUUAAGAAAAUCUGAGUGGAAACCCAUUGAGAAAGAACUAUAUCUGAAGGGAGUGGAGAUAUUUGGGAAAAACAGUUGUCUUAUUGCAAGGAACUUACUUUCAGGCUUAAAGACUUGUAUAGAGGUGUCCAAUUACAUGCGUGAAAGUGGAGCUAUGAUGCCUCAUAGAUCUGUUGCCCCAAGAUCAUUUCUAGAAGACAGUGGGAAGAGUGAUACGGAUUAUGUGAUUUGGCAUAUGCCAAUGAUUUUUCAGGAAAAGAUAGCUGCCCUUGACAAAAGAAGGGUGGAAGAGAAUCAUGAGCAAGAUAUGCCAACAAGGUCCCGUUUACUUCGUAGGAGGGGAAGGGCACGGAAACUAAAAUAUUCUUGGAAGUCUGCUGGUCAUCCAUCAUUUUGGAAAAGAAUUGCUGAUGGAAAAAAUCAGUCAUGUAAGCAGUUUACACCUUGUGGAUGCCAGUCAAUGUGUGGAAAGCAGUGCCCUUGUCUGCAUAACGGAACUUGCUGUGAGAAAUAUUGCGGGUGCUCGAAAAGUUGCAAAAAUCGCUUCAGAGGAUGCCACUGUGCAAAGAGCCAAUGCAGAAGUCGACAAUGCCCGUGCUUUGCUGCUGGUCGUGAAUGUGACCCAGAUGUUUGUAGGAAUUGCUGGGUUAGUUGCGGAGAUGGCUCAUUAGGAGAGCCUCCAAAACGAGGAGAUGGACAAUGUGGAAACAUGAGGCUUCUUUUAAGGCAGCAGCAGAGAAUCCUCUUGGCAAAGUCUGAUGUAGCUGGAUGGGGAGCCUUUUUAAAGAACCCUGUCAACAAAAAUGAUUAUCUUGGAGAAUAUACUGGUGAAUUGAUCUCUCAUCGAGAAGCGGAUAAGCGUGGGAAAAUCUAUGAUCGUGCUAACUCAUCAUUCCUUUUUGACUUGAAUGAUCAGUUUGUCCUUGAUGCUUACCGAAAGGGAGAUAAGCUGAAAUUUGCAAACCAUUCAUCAAAUCCUAAUUGCUAUGCUAAGGUAAUGCUGGUAGCAGGAGAUCAUCGAGUGGGCAUCUUUGCAAAGGAGCAUAUAGAAGCUUGUGAGGAGCUAUUCUAUGAUUAUCGCUAUGGGCCAGACCAGGCACCCGCGUGGGCUCGAAAACCCGAGGGUUCCAAAAGAGAUGAUUCCACAAUCUCCCAAGGUAGAGCAAAGAAACACCAAUCACAUUGAUGGAUGAUUAUUGGCAUGGCUUGAUAUUAUGGAGCAUGUUUCUGUAAUUCGUAAGUGUAUUUGAACAGUCCCUUGCUCAUAGAAUGAACAUAAGUUGCCUAUACCAGGUCAUGCCAUCAUUUAUUUGUACAAAGAUGCACGCACAAGUGCGCUUCCUGUGAAUUUGACUCUUUCAAAAAGACAGGAUAGCAAUAAGGUCAAACAUUGUUAUUGAUAUUGAGUUUGAAACUGAUCUUGCAGUUUCCUGCAGAAGCCAACAGUAUCCGAUGAAAUAUGCUGUUGUUUCAUGUAAAAUUGUUAUUAUCAUAACCAAUAAGGCAUUUUUCUCUUGCUA